AUUUUUGAAGAGCAUCAUAAAUUUUUUUUAUAUUGACUAAAUUUUCCCAUAUAAUUUUUUUUUUUGUAGGUUUACCACGAACUAAAAUAAAAGCGUCUUGAUUAGUAUUUAUUGCGUCGGUUUCAGUACAAAUCUUUUUCAUAGUUUGCUCUAUCGGUAAAGGCAAAUGGAAUGUUUGACCUAUCAUUUUCGUUAAACGAUUAGAAUAAGGGAGAUUUUUAUUCGCGACUGUUCCUUUUUUUUGUAUUAUCUGGAAAGCAUGGAUCCUCUGAAUUAACAUUAAUUCGUAAAUAUUAAAAUUAGAAAUCUCAUUCAAUGCCUGGCCUACUUCGAGAUCAUUCAGAAUGCAAGAAGGAGGUAAUGAAUUUCUGCGAAAAAAAUCUAAACAAUAUUUGCAUACAUAGUCACUGUCAAUGACUUCGUAUCGAGUCUUCGUUCUCUUCAAUCCUAUUGUGCAAAUCUUGCCAUAUUGAAUUUAAGGCUAGAUCAAACAUUUUUGAAUAAUCUCUAACUUCUCUUUUAUAGCAAAGUUUUUUACAAGAUAUGCAAACGAAUUGUGUAGUGUCUAAAAAAUGCCGCAACAACGCCAAAAAUGCUGUUUUAUGAAUUUCUUUAAUUACAUCUUCGUCUAGGCAAAUCUCUUCGAUCUCACAGUCAAGUAUAGGUCCUUGUUUUCUAACUAUAUCUAAAAUAUGAUACAAAUAUUUUAAAUUUGCAGUACUUACUGCAUUCUCUAUUUUAGAAAUAUCACGAUAUGUUUGUUUUAUUGUGUAAAUUAAACGUUUGAUGUAACAAACAGAUAGAAAAUGUGGUGACAAAAUUUCACAUGCUAAAAAUAAUGAUUGACAUGAAUCGCCUAAAGAAGAAUAACAUCCUUGAAAGUGUCCCAACUUAUCGAUUGAAUGAGGAAUAAAAAAUUGCUUGAGGAAUCUUGGGAAAGUUUUCAAUUUUAUUGAACAUAGAAUUUUAAGAAGAUGCUUAUAAUUAUCGUAAAAGAGCUUGUUUUCUUUUUCUGUUGAUAUUUUAUCAUCAUUCGAAAUAAUUUUACAGUAUACACUACAGUUCCAAACUUUGUUUCUACUCUCCCUUAAUAAAGGAAGAAUAUUGGUUGUUUGACCAUUUACAUUCAAAGCAACAACUAUUUUUGACAAAUUCUCAAAAUUAUAGGUUGUAUCAGAAAAAUAAGGCUCUGUGGACAUAGUGUGUCUCGAUAAACCACAAAUAUUAGCCCAUUUUUCACGUAUUUUAGUUGUCGUUUUUCCUUGAAUACGCGAAUAAAAAUACUCUGAUUUUCCAUUUAAAAUUCUUACUGAAUUAUACAAUUUAUUGACAUAACGUUUUCUUUGAUAAAUAGACCAUUUGAAAAUUUUUUCUGCUUCAAGUCUUUUUUCUAAAUAUAUUUUACCGUCUAGUUCAUUGGAAAUAUUCCGAAUACAAACUUCGGAAUUCAAUCGAAAUUUCAUAUCAUUAUCUCUUUCGUUCAUUCGCCUGUACUUAGAUUUUAUUUUAUUAGCUAUUUUUAUUGUCGCAAAAGUUUUUUUUUUUUUUGAGAUAUCAAUUUUGUAUAUCUACUAUUCAAUAAUUUUCUUUUAUCAAAUCUUUCGAAUUUGUCUUCGUAUUCGUUAAUAUUUUUUUUACGGGAGUCAAAAUCUGAAUGAGAGCUAGUAAUUAUAUCUUGUAAUGAAUUAUCUAUUUCAAUAUUUUGUGACUGACGGUCAUCAGUGGUAGAAAAACUGCCACUACAAUUAAUUUCUGUUUUAUCUUUUUUCUUCAUUCUUUUAACAUUCUUUUUAAUAUCUAAAACAGUUGUGCUUCGUCGUUUCCUGUCGUCAUAAUUUUUAGCUUCUCUCCUCUUUAGUUGUUUUAAUGAUUGUAAAUUCACUUGUUUGUUAGAAUCAGAUAGAAAUGGAAAGUGAGUGAUAGUAUUCGUCUCGUAUAUUUUAAGCAAGUGAGUUCUUUGAGACCAAACAGAAUAAAUGUAGCGAAAGCGAUUGAAUAGGGACCACAGUCAUCGGAAUUCGGCUGCUGUUGAACUGCAAGAUAUACAAGGAAAGAUCUGCUUUCCCAAUCAUAGAAAGGAUACAAUUUUUGUAAAUAAAUUAAUUGAUCGUCAUCCAAAGUAUUAUAUCUUAAUGAAUCAUAAAUAAAUAUAUUUAUAGUCUUUAUAUAAAAAGGACAAACAUCAUCGGUCUUCCGGACAUUUGAUUGGUCGUUUUUCUUCUCACUCACUCUUAUAUAGUUUUUUGUUUAUUUCUAUUUUAUUUUAUUUAUUUCGUUAGCAACAAAAAAACAAAAAAAAAAGAGUGAAUGAGACGUAGUUUGUUUUUUUGUCGCUAACGAAAUAAAUCGAAUAAACAAAGAGUGAUCUUCGGAGGAUCAAAUGUCAAUGAAAUAAAUCGAUUCUUAUUUUAUAAAAAUCAGUUAAAAAAUUAUAUGGUUUUUAAAAAUAAAAUCGAAAUAGAUUAGCUGUAUGUAGAAGAAAAUCAAUAGGAAUACACCUCAAUUGUGUAAUCAUUUAUCAUUUUUCAAAACCUAUAACAUAAAAUAGAUCGGCUAUAAGCAAAAGGAAAUCUCAAGGAAUGCAUCUGACCUUGACUUACAGCUUUUUUUUUUUUUUUUAAUUUUAUUCAUUACAAGCUAGCAUGGAAUAGAUUUAGAUGAAUUAAAAAAGAAUUUAUCACCUGCGUUCAGAGGAAAAUCUGAGGACGUACACCUAUCCUCGACAUACCCCAAAAUUGAUUAGAUAAUAUAUAUGUAUUUUCAUAAUUGAAAAGAUUAUAUAAAGAAUUUGUUCUUUUAUUUUUUUGUAAAAUAAAGAAUAACUAAGUAACUAUCAAAACUAUAUCGUCAAAAUCGAUUAUAACACGUAAAUUACAAUAAAUAUUAGGUUAAAAAAUAUAGAUAUACAGGCGCGCGUAGCGCGCCAAUGUGCUCAUAUUAUAAAAAGUACAAAUCCAAUGAUUUCGUUUUGCACUGAAUAAAAUUUGAAUAAUUUUUCUAUAUUUAACAAUCGGAACUAUUUUAUGUAAAGAUUGUGAAUAUAAAGUAGAUUGCUGAUUAUAAAAAGAACAAUUUGCCAUAAUCUUUCCAAAGAGGUCCAUGUGAUUAUCAUUAAGUUGUUUGCCGAGAGAAAUAAUAUUUUUAUCAGCAAUAUCGAGAGUUACUGAUUGUUCUUUGAAUUUUUUUUUCGAUUUCAAUCGCUUUUGUAAAGGCUGGGAUGAAUUUUUUCAAGAAAUCUCAUUUGUUUCAACGAUAUCGAGAAUAGCUGAUUCAUUUUCAAAUUCCCUUUUUGAUUUCAAUCUAAUUUGUAAGGGCUGCGAUGAAUUGCUUAAAGAACACUUAGCUGAUUUAUUGAUAUCCGAAAAAGUAUGUAGUUGUUUUUUAUUUGCAACAUUGUUAUCUCCGCCAUUUGCUGAUAUUCUUGGGAAUUGGGUAAUCCUGCGAGUUUCAAAUAUAUGUAAUAAAUGUUGUCGCAUUCGCUUUGUAUCAUAUGGGUACUGCACCGUAUUUUCCGGAUCACCUCCAAAGCGAGAGUGACUGAAUUAGCAAUGGCAAAAGGACCACAAUCUUUUGAAAUAUUUUGUUGUUGAACCUUGUAAAUAAUAACAGUUUUGUUAACGAAAUCAUAGUAAGGAUAGAGUAAUUUAAACUUUCCUAAUAACUGAGGGUGCAAAACUCUAGGAUUCAUGGAAUCAUAUACAUGGAUAUGUUGUAAAUCAUAAAAAGUGCAAACCCAAUGACCUCCUUUCAUUUUCCACGCGUCUGCGUCAGAAGUUUUCAGAAGUGUGUAAGACAUGGAUAUGCUUUUUAUCUUUAGAAAUUGAAUCAAGAAAUGUUUUGAAAGAAAACUUCCAAGUAUCUCUAAACUCGUACCCCCAUUGCUUACUGAGCAGAUUACCAAAAACAUCGAUUUCGUCGUCGGUUAGCCAUCCAUCUCCAUUGGGAUCAUUAUCUCUUAUAAUUGAUUCAUUGUAUUUCAAUUGAGCCAUUAUUAUAUUUAUUUAUUAUUAUUUUAAAGAAUAUAUAUUAAACUGCUCGUGCAGAGUGAUAAAAGCUCGAUGAUUAUAGAGAAGAUGCAACUUACAAAAAGUGAUGAUAAACGACUCACGCAGAGUGACGAAAACUCUAAAAUAUGAGUUACAAGAUUCGACCUACGAAAAGUGUCAAUAAACGACUCACACAGAGUGACAAAAACUCCAAAAAAGAGUUGUAAGACUCGACUUACGAAAAGGGUCAAUAAACGACUCACGCAGAGUGACAAAAACUCUAAAAAAAGAGUUGCAGGACUCGACUUACAGAAAGUGAUAAUAAACGACUCACACAGAGUGACAAUAGUUUCAAAAAACGGUUUUUAUGACACAGAUAUUACAAAAAAAAACGAUAAAAGAUUAACAAAUUCCGCAAAGUAAUGCUAAAUAUUCUAUGUACGUAAAAUUUCGCAGAUUAUUUGUGCCUGCUGAAAAAUGAAAAAGGAUAAGGUUAUAAGGAUAAAAAAAAAAUAUAAUACACAUAAAAAAUAUCACUGAACUUUAAGAACAAAUAACAACUAACACUUAUAUUUAUGAUUAGUAAUAAAAUGAAAUAAUUUCUUUUCCACGGGGAAAAAAAAGAGGUUAGAACGGAUAAAUGACAAAGAAAAAAAAAAAAAAAAAUAGCCUAAAGAUGAAUAAUAAAUACAAACAGAAGAAUAUAUAUUAAUUGACUAAACACUGAACUUAAAUAGAUAAACAAAUAACUAAUAGUUAACUAUUAAGCAGUAUGUAGUAACAAAUUAUUAUGUAUCCAACGCUAUAGUCGUAACUUCAGUAUUGUCAGAGUACAACAAAAAAGAUCUGACAGGUUAUGCAUUAGUAGUGAGUCCCGUUCAGUGUAGGGCAGUGUUGGGUAAAUGACCGAGUUUUAGGUUUAAUACUUUCAUACCGGUAUGAAAGUAUUCAACUGGUAUGAAAAUAUGAAACUCAGGAACGUCAAAAUUGGCAUCAAAAUUGUCUACCAUUCCAGCACCCGUAUUCAGAGGAUGUUCUCAUUAGGGCGUUUUUUUUCGAUGGUGGCGUUUGUGAAGCUUUUCUAUAUGAAAUCUAUAUAAGGGAAAUUUUAAAAGCGCCAUCAGCGGCGAAAAGAAGCCCAAAAUUGUAAAAAAUUUGCCUUGUGAAUUGGACUGCCGCAUCAAUCUCUCAGCUGUCAAAUUUUUGUUGAUAUAUGAAUAAAUAUAAAAUAGAGUGAACAAAUAAUAUGAACAAUAUUUGAAUAUGAAAACAACAAUAACAAUGUGUAUAUAAUAAAAAAAAUUUAAUAAAAAUAAAAAGCUAUAAGAAAAAUGGCUAAGGAAUGGAUGUUUCUUACCAAUUACUUUUCAAUAAAUUAAUUUAGGCAGAGAAAUAAACUGGCAAGCAACAUCCUUUCCUUAGUCCUUUUAUAUUUAUAUAAUAAUAAGUAAUUAGUGAUAUUAUAGUUCCAUGCCAAAGUCUAUUUAUUACCAGGAGUAUAAUAAUAAUAGCUAGAUGAUUCUCAGUUAUUACUAAAAAAUUCAGUUAUUUCUGGUAAUAAUUUGACUGUAGCAUAGAAUUUCGGUCAAAAUGGGAUCGUGAGUCUGGAUUUUUUACCGGUUAUUAACCAGAUUUUUACCGUAUUUUUUAGCUGUUUUAACCCCCGAAAGUCGGAGCCACAAACCUGCGCCGACUCAUACUGCGCACCUUAUGUUCGUACUUUUUUUUUCAUUCCCUACUGCUACUUACAUUUAAUUUAUUAAUUUAUUUUGGGAUUAAUCAAUAACAAUCAAUAAAAUUUAUGCGCAGUACGAUCAUUAUUAGGACAAGCAUGUUUACAUACAGCAGUUUGACAAACCACGCAGAGUUUAGGUGUGUUCGUUCACUAUUCACACCGAGCGUAUGCAAGGAAGCGCUAGAGUCGUGCGGUCAUUUGGAAAAACUUUAGUAACUAAAAUUUACCAACGCAUUCGUUAUUCUUAAUCAUUGGGUUUAUUUUCUGAAUUUAAUAAUUUUUUCCAAGACACAAGAACAAAUUGCCAAUUAAUAAUGAAGAAAGAGAGCGGAAAAACUAGAAAAAACAAAUAACAAUAAAGAAAUAGUAAAUUUUAGUUACUUAAGUUUCUCCAAAUGACCGCAAGACUCUAGCGCUUCUUUGCAUACACUCCAUGCAUACGCUUGGUGUGAAUAGCGUGAAUAGUGAACGAACACACCUUUUGUAUGUAAUUAUUUCAGGUCAUUCAAAGAAAUCCGGCAUUUUCGAGCAUUAUUCAAUAAAAAAACUACUAACAAUAGCGAUAGUGGAAAAGUAGACUAUGGAGCAGCAGUCCAAUUCACAGGGCAAAUUUUUUACAAUUUAGAGUUUUUUUUGGCCGCUGAUGGCACUUGUAAAAUUUGUUUUUAUAUAGAUUUUACAUACAAAAGCUUCACAAGCGCCGUGAGUAGUGAAAUAAAGCCCUAAAUUGUAAUGCCCUGUAAAUUGGACUGCAGUGUUGGGUUGGUAUAAUACCACGGUUGUUUUUAUCUUAUGUAUGAUACUUAAGUAUGAAACUUUUUUCCAACGCUGCUGUGAACUUGCUUUAUACCCAACUCUACGCAUAAAACCGUUCUACCUCAACUGCAUGUGUCACGUGUAAUUAAGACAAUUUGAAACCAACGAGUAAGAAAAAAACAUUGAAAAUACUGAAAGAAAAUAUGGAUGAAAUACAAAAUGAUAAAGAAAUGUUAUCAGUAAGUACAAAUAAAUUAAUAAUUAAAUGUAUUGAAUUAAAACUUUGGUGAUACAACUUUAUUUAAGUCCCAUAGUUUUUUAAAGAUUUUUGGUUAUAAUAUAUAAAAAAGCGAUAAUAAUAAAAAUAGUAAUGAACUAGUAAUAGAACAAAAUAAGUAAACAAUGAUACAUUUAUUUCAAUAUCUGAUCACCAGGACGCAGAAAUAAGAGCUGAAGAACAAAAAUUGAUAGAAGAACGUGAACUGAAGAGAACAAACGCACAAGUCAAAAAGAUAAUUUGAAAAAAGCCUAUGAGGAUCUGGCACGUCAAAAACUAGCUCUUGACGAACAAGCAUUGGCUGCAGGAAUGCAAUACCUGAAUGUUGAAAAUGACGUUUCAUUAUCGAAUUUAUUUCCUGAUAAUAAUAAAGAAGAAAAUGUUUCAAUAGUAUAUCAGAAUUGUGAUCAAAGUGAAAAAAAAAGUAGUCAAAAUGAUAAAGCUGGUACUCAACAUGUUUCUGAUAGAAAAAACCAUCGUGGAAGUGGUGGUGGUGGUGGUGCACAUAAUUUUAGUGAAACUCAACGUGGUGGACAUGUUUCUGAUCAGCGUGGUAGAGAUGGUGGUGGUGGUGGUGGUGGUGGAUACAAUUCUGGUCGAAAUUAUCGUGGUGGUUAUGAUAAUCAUCAAAAUGAACGUGGUGGUAAUACUUCUGGUCAAAACCAACAAAUACUGGUCGAAAUUAUAAUCAUCGUGGUAGAGAUGCUGGACAACAACGAGGUAACAAUGGUGUUGACAAACGUAAAGGUUCACUCAGUGAUAAAAGAUUGGUACGUAAACUUCAACACGAGAUUAUCCAGAUGAAAAAAAAACACAGAAUGUCAACAAGAUCAUUAAUAUUCAUUAAAUAAUUCCAACUCUAUUAAAAAAAAAUUUUAUUAAAAAAACUCUUGACCACUUAGUCAAAAAUUAAUAAAUUGACUUGAAAUUCAAAAAACUUAUUUAUUCUUAUUGUUCAAUUUUCUUUCUUUAUUGUGUUAUGCCGAUGGAAAAUUCAAUUGGUCUAAUUUCGAAUGAAAAAAGAGUCAGAGAAUGUUCGAAAUUGAGUAUUUUGUCAGUGUCAUUAUCGUUUAGCAGUAUAUCAAGAAAUUUCAUACAAGUUUUCAGAUAUGUUUAUCGAUUAUUUACUGAGUUAUUAAUUUAAAAAAAAUAGCGCGUUUGUAUUCAUCUAGAUAUCUGAACGCGCGAACAUAGGCACUCACGAGAGAAAGGGCUGACAAUCACGCAUAUAUAGCUCUUACGGCGGGAAGGUGAAUGUUUGCAGGGGUCGUCAAAAAUGACUUUAUCCAAAAUUUUAUCGAGAAAAAGUGUUAGUCUUGAUGUGAACAACUUACCAAAUGCAUUUUUGUUGAAAUUAAAAGCCAGCACACUUCUGCUAACUCUAUAUUAUGUAAAAUAAAAUUGAGAAAAUUUCCUAAGUCCAGAUUAAUAGUGACAACAUUAUAAAAUUAAAAACAUAAAAUAUGAAGUCCAGAUAAUAUAUGAGGAUGCUUUUAAGUCAUUCAUUAUCAUUAUUAUCAGAAACAGACGUAAUUAUGAAGAAUCAUGAAUAUAAAUUUAAAUGAAUUGAUUUUUGUACAUCAAAAAGUAAAUGCAAUCGAUAAUAUUUACAUCCUAGCAGUAUGUCAUAUAGUAGCAUGGUGAUUGGUUGAAAGUGUGACAAAACUUUUACUUUUAUCAAAGCGAUUCUGAGAAAACGGCCCAACUUCCGCCAUAUGUUAUUCUAUUGAUGCUAAUAGUUGAAAGCCUUUUGAUAUGUCAUGAAUCAUGAUUAAUGAAUAAUAAUUAUAUUAUGAAUAAUCCCAAUGUAAAAAGCACAGUUGUCCUCGCUUAUUCUUGCUUUUCUUUCUCACUUCAAUCAUUGCUGUCUCACACAUUGAAAUUCGGUCGAGUUCGUCAUCUGUCGUCGUCAUUCGGUUUGUACAUUGAAAUUUGAUCAAGUUCGUCAGCUAUCGUCAUUAUUCGGUAUAUCUCUGUCCUCUAUUCCAAGCAUCACGAUCACUCCACUCAACUGCACUCAACUCUACAGUCAACCACUCGAACCGGCAAUUAAAUAUCACAGCCAUCUUUCAUUUAUUAGCGUCGUCCGUCGAGCGUUCACAAAGCGUCUGAAAAUUUUAUUGUUUAAUUAUCAAAAUCAAAUUCAGUUACAAAAUACACUUAUUGUAUUUGAUGUUCAAUAUUUAUAAUUAAUUAUUUUUAAAUAAAAAAAUAUUAUUAGUGCCAUCAAGUGAAUAUUAAUCAUAAUAUAAUUGUGAUAUUGAUCAAAGCAUUUUUGGCGCGCCAUUAUUGAGUGGCAUCCGGCGUCUAACCAAAAAAAAAAAAAAAAAAAAACCCAUUAAAUUAUCAUUGUUAAAUUUGUUUGUGAUAAUGAAAUUAUUAAAUUAUUAAGCUUCAAUUUAUUAUAAAAAAAAAACGUUGACUUAAAAAUCAAAUUAGUGAAAAAAAUAAUUUUUUUGUUUCCAAGCACGUGGUAACAACGAGAGUGUUGAAUAAUUUAAAAAAAAAUAAUGGCCGAAUUUGAAUUCACAUCAAAUGAAGAAAUUGCUGCAUUUCAACCUGGUGAACGUAAUGUGUAAGUAUUUUUGUAUAUAUAUAUAUUUUAUCAAUAAAUAAUUGAUUAUCUUUCAAAUUUAUUCAUUGUUGUAUUUUUUAUCAUUUUGAAAUUUUUUAUUCAUUGUUGUAAUUAUUAUUAUCUUAUAAUUUUCAGUGACUUGACUGGCUUUGUCGAUGCAAUUGAUGGGUUAAAGACCGUUCGAACCGCUCAAGGUCAUGUCUACAAGUUUAUCUUGAACAAUGAUCAAUCCACCAGGAUGCGGGUUCUUAUCUGGGGCAUCAUCAGAUGCAUUCGGUAAUCGAAUUAAUUGAAGGAACUUUGAAAAUAUCACAUGCUUCUUAUCGUGACCCUGCUCUACAUGUGAUGGAAUAUCAUGUACAGCCAAGCACUGCAGUAUCAAUUUUGGGUACUUAUAUGCCUGGUAAUCAUCAACCAAUUGCAGCAAUUCACAGACCAAUUGAAAUGUCACACGUACUGUUUGAAGAAGGGCAACUAGAAAUUAAUUGUCACAUCAGAACACCGUUUCGUGUUGUCCAAUUCAACAGAUCACAAUGUGGCCAAGGACAAGUAACAGACGGUUAUUAUCGUCUUACUGUUAAUAUUGCUGCAUACACUCCAAAUGACAAUUUAACAAUUGGUACUGCCAUAACAAUGCAUGGUGAAAUGAUACGUGAACCACCAUAUUUUUCUGUUGCAACAACAGAUAACAUUUUCAUGGGUGCAGAUAAUCCAUUAACCAGAGAGGCAACACGUCGAGGUUUUAACGCAAUUAGUACAGCAAGGCGUCGACUUGCUGAUGAUCAAGUUGUUGUACCACGUGUUGCUAUAAAUGUAAUUGAAGCUUCAAAUAUAAAUGUUGUGCCAGCAGCAGCUUCAAUAAUUCCAAUUCAAGCUGCUGAUGUCCAUGUUGCUCCAGCAGAUGGUGGUAUUGUUCCAGUUCAAGUUGCAAAUAAUCAUGCUACACCAGGUGGUGGUAUUGUUUCAGUUGAAAUUGCAAAUGAUCAUGCUGCACCAGCCGGUGGUGCUAUUGUUCCAGUUCAAGUUGCAAAUCAUCAUGCUGCACCAGCAGGUGGUGCUAUUGUUCCAGUUGAAGUUGCAAAUGGUCAUGUUGCACCAGGUGGUGCUGUUAUUGGUCCAGUUCAAGCUGCAAAUCGUCAUGUUGCACCAAGAGGUGCUGUUAUUGGUCCAGUUCAAGCUGCAAAUCGUCAUGCUGCACCAGGUGGUGCUACUAUUCCAGUUUAAGUUGCAAAUCAUCAUGCUGCACCAGCAAGUGGUGCUAUUGUUCCAGUUUAAGUUGCAAAUGGUAAUAUUGCACCAAGAGGUGCUGUUAUUGGUCCAGUUCAAGCUGCUGACGUUCAUGUUGCACCAAGAGGUAAUAAUGCUAUGAAUCCAAUACAGGUUUUACCUGAACCACAGGCUAUUAAUGGUAAUACUGGGCGUCCAUAAGCCCAGUUUUAUUUUACUAACAAAACCAGUCAUUCACAUCAGUCAUUCGACUUUUUCACUUGAUAAUAUAUAAGUUUUAUUGUGAUAAAAAAGUUUUUUUUUAUUUUUAUUAUCACUGAAUAAUGAAUAUAAAUAUUAAAAAUCAUCAGCUAGCCUGAUAUAAAAAUGUCAUGGUACUAAUGUAAUUUACGUGUAGUUUAAUUAAAAAAAAAAAAAAAUAGUACAAACUAUUAUUAUGUAUCAUUAAGCUAUUAUUACGUGUCAUUUAAUCAUUUAAUUAAAAAAAAAAAAAAAAGCUCAAUAUUUCUUAUGUUAAUAGAUUUAUUGAUAAUGACUGAUUAAUAUAUUAUUAUAUUUAAAAAAUUAUUACAGUUAGUUUUGCUAAAAUGAAUGAUUAGUAAUUAAGAAUGACUAAAAUGGUGCUUCAUAUUUGUUUAAAAAAAAAAAUGACUAGAUUUGAAUAUUAUAUUAACAUUCGAUUUGUUGUAAUAAUAAUAUGAUCAUAUUAUCAAAAAUGAGUGAUAUGAUUGUAAUGAUAAUGAUACCAAAAUAUUAAAAUAUAAAAAUAUAAACAUUUAUCAUAAAUGUUGAUUCUUAACUGGUCUCAUGAAAAAAAAAAUCAUUUAAUGAUAGAUUUCAUCAACAUAAAUGAUUGUUUGUGUCGUGUUACUCUAGAUUUAUUUGUUAAAAGAGAAGUGACUAAAAUAGCAUGUUAUGUUAACAUUAAAUUUAUUGUAAUAAUUAUUUAAUAUCAAAAAUGAAUGAUGUUAUGAUUUUUAAAAGAAACAUAAAUUACUUAUAAAAUUGAAUUUUGACUGGUUUCAUUUUCAUUUAAAAAACAAAAACUUAUGACUGAUUUUAUUAAUAAUAAAUAUUUGUGUGUUUCAAUAAAUAAAAAAAUGGUGCUUGACCAAAACGUUUUCGUUUAAUUUAUUAUUAUUAAUAUUUUUGAUUUUAUUCCCUAUCCGAUUUUAUUUUAUUAUAUAAACCAACGAUAUUUUUAAAUAGAGAAACGACUUAAUUGGUUUUUUAUAGUUACCACCAAUUUAUUUUUAUUAAUUCAUCAAAAUGAGGGAUAUCAUGAUAAAUAGGGAUAUCACAAAAAUAUCUUUAUUGAAUGAAUGAAUAAAAAAAAAAAAAAAUAAC